UGCUCCAGACUCGACGACGGAGGAGUUCGUCAGCCACUGUUUGUAACAGAGAGCAAAAAAAACCGCAGAUUUUAAAACCCCUAAAAGCUAACAGCUCGAGAAACUCUGAAGAUGGAUGACAGUGAGCUACUCGUUAGCAGCGAUCAGAAGAUGGAAGACGCUUCAACCGUAAACCCUAUCCCACCCUCGUCGGAUGAUUCCGGCGAGUCCGAUUCCGAAUCGGAGGAUGAGGCCGAGUCUAAUCACCAGAUUGAAACCCUAGAGUCGGAGCUCUCCGCCAAUCCUUACAACUACGAUGCUUAUGUCCAAUAUAUAAAGCUUCUAAGGAAAACUGCGAACCUUGAGAAGCUAAGACAAGCAAGGGAAGCUAUGAGUGCUAUGUUUCCGUUGAGUCCUUCUUUGUGGCUUGAAUGGGCGAGGGAUGAAGCUUCUCUAGCCUCUAGUGAUAAUGUGCCUGAAAUUGUGAAGCUUUACGAACGAGGGAUUUCUGAUUAUCAGUCUGUGUCUCUUUGGUGUGACUACCUGAACUUUUUGCGAGAGUUUGAUCCGUCCGUUAAUGGGUAUACACCUGAUGGUAUCUCAAAAAUGAGGAAUCUUUUUGAACGUGCUAUUCCGGCUGCGGGAUUCCAUGUUACUCAAGGCAAUAGAAUAUGGGAAGGAUAUAGAGAGUUUGAGCAAGGCAUCUUAGACACUAUUGACAAGGCUGACCUUGAGGAGAGGAAUAAACAGAUACAAAGGAUUCGAAGCAUAUUUCACCGUCACCUGUCUGUUCCGCUGAAAGAUUUAAGCUCCACCCUUAUUACAUAUAAGGCUUGGGAGUUGGAACAGGGCACUGACCUUGAUAUUGGAUCUGAUGAUUUGAGUAAGGUUUCUCCCCAGGUUGCUGUUGCAAACAAGAAGGCACAACAGAUGUAUAGUGAACGUGCCCAUCUUGAAGAGAACAUAUCUAAGAAAGAUUUAUCGGACACGGAAAAGUUUCAGCAUUUCAUGAGUUACAUUAAGUUUGAGCAGACGUCUGGAGAUCCUACCCGAGUUCAAGCUAUAUACGAACGCGCUGUGGCUGAAUUCCCGGUUUCAAGUGACUUGUGGAUAGACUACACCAGCUAUCUUGAUAAAACUUUGAAGGUUGGAAAAGCUAUAACGCAUGCUUAUUCUAGGGCGACUAGAAGUUGCCCUUGGACUGGAGAUCUUUGGACUCGUUAUUUGCUUGCUUUAGAGCGUGGUUCUGCAUCCGAAAACGAUAUUUAUGCUGUCUUUGAGAAGUCAUUGCAGUGCACCUUUUCCUCUUUUGAGGAGUACCUGGAAUUAUACCUCACUCGAGUAGAUGGCCUGAGAAGGAGAAUGAUUUCAACCUCGAUGGUAGAGACUUUGGAUUAUUCUCUGAUAAGAGAAACUUUUCAGCAAGCAUCAGACUAUCUAACGCCCCAGAUGCAAAAUACAGACAGUUUGGUGCGUUUGCAUGCUUAUUGGGCCAACUUGGAACUGAAUAUUGGAAAAGAUCUAGCUGGAGCAAGAGGUGUUUGGGAUAGCUUUCUGAAAAAGAGUGGUGGGAUGCUAGCAGCCUGGCAGGCAUACAUUGAUAUGGAAGUGCGCUUGGGGCACGUAAAGGAAGCUAGGUCUAUUUACCGGAGGUGCUAUACAAGAAAGUUUGAUGGGACUGGCUCAGAAGAUAUAUGCCAUGGAUGGUUACGCUUUGAAAGGGAGCGUGGAGCUUUGGAAGAUUUUGACCAUGCCGUUCAAAAGGUAACACCCCGCUUGGAAGAGCUACAACUGAUAAGGCUACAACAAGAGUCUGCACCUGUCAAACCGUCAGCCGGCGUAAAAGAGCAUAACCCACAAAAGAGUACACGUGAAAAGAGAAAAGCUGGACCGAAUGUAGAAGAAGAGUCUUCUGCUAAGCGGCAAAAGAGUAAAGGUCAAAAGAUGAAUGACGAGGAAGCAGAAGGUAAGACUGCAACUGUACCAAACAAAAAAAGUAAGUCAGAGACUGAAAAAGCAGCUGAUUCAAAGAGAGAAGAGUCAGAAGGCGCUAAACCAGUGAAGCCGAAAAUCUUCACAGACGAGUGUACAGCUUUUCUUUCAAAUCUCAGUCCUAAGGCGCAAGAGGAAGAUAUACGCAAGUUCUUUAGCGAUGUUGGUGGUGUUGCUUCCAUUCGCAUUCUCCAUGACAAAGGCACUGGAAAACCAAGGGGACUGGCAUACGUUGACUUUGUGGAUGAUGAGCACCUUGCAGCAGCUAUAGCAAAAAACAGAAAGAUGUUACUUGGUAAGAAGAUCAGUAUAGCACGGUCAAAUCCAAAGAAGGGUAAAAAAGAUUUCACUCGGCGUGGAAAUGAAGGUUCGGGGAAUUCAAAGGACACAUCCCAGGUUUCUGACAAGGCGAAAGCACCUCUUGAUGGCGAAACAGAGGGUGAAAAGCGAGGAAAUGAAGUGGAGGUGAGGGGUAAGAACACGUUCGCCAUCCCACGAACUGUUAAAGCACUCGGCUUCACGACACCCAAACCCAUCGCAGCAGAUGAGACGCCAAAAUCACAUGACGAGUUCAGGAAUAUGUUCCUUAAAAAGUAAGGCUUUGGGCUUUGGGCUUUUGGGCUUUUGGUCCCUUCUCUUCUCUUCCCCUGGAUACAACUUUCUUGUUCUUCUUUUCUAAACACACUCUCUGAACCAAUCUUUUGUUGUAGACUGACAAUGUCGCAUCUGAAGCUCUCGUUUGUGUUGAGAUAAUUAGAUAAUUUUCAAUAACUAAAUAUACAAUUUGAAGUUA